AUGUCUGACAAACCUGACCUGACAGAGAUCACCUGCUUCGACAAGACCAAACUGAAGAAGACUGAGACGAAAGAAAAGAACCCCCUGCCAACCAAAGAGACCAUUGAACAGGAAAGGAAAGGGGACGCAACGCCUUGAUGUGACUUGGUGACGAGGCCGUGAGGAGGAAAACAGGAGAGGAGGCAGAGAUGCCGCCAACAAAAGCACUUUGUUUUGAUUGUCUGUCUCAGUAUUCUACUUGAAGUUACUUUGUAUUGUAUAACAGGGUGCUGUAGGGCCCCGGGAGAUGCUGCAGUAGUGGAGGAGGGUACAUGGG